AGAUACUGCAGUGCUGCAGUGGAGACAAGUCUCUGUGUUUCUCUCUGAAGAAAAAGUCCACAGGAUCCAUCAGGUUUUUGUCAACAAAACAGCAGAAUCUGCACCAACAGCUGUGAUGUCAACCUUGUUCCCAGAGCUCAGAUAUUAACUAGUCCAGGCUGAGCAAUGGACUCUGGAGCCAGCAGGACGAUGGAGGUGGCGGCGCUCGGCCGGCCUUUUGGCCUCGGGAUGUUGUACGACUGCCGCCAAGACUCACUCAUCCAAGGAAUGACAUUGUGGGACUUUGAUGACCUGAAAGAUCAUAUUAAAGAAAGACCGCAGAACUAUAAUGAUUUUGAGAUAGUGGCCUCUGAAUCAAUUGCAGAUAAAACUUCAGCACUAAAUAUUGAAGCAUCACUUAAGGCAAGUUUUUUUAGUGGACUGGUAGAGGUUGGAGGAUCGGCCAAAUAUCUGAAUGACACUAAGACUUCCAAAAAUCAGGCCAGAGUAACUCUGAAGUACAAAGCUACCACAAAGGUCAAGGAACUGUCGAUGGAUCAUCUUGGAAGAGACCAUGUGAAGCAUCCAUAUGUCUUUGAUAAAGGAUUAGCAACACAUGUAGUCACAGCUAUUCUUUAUGGGGCACAAGCCUUCUUUGUCUUUGACCGCGAUGUGUCCGAAAACGAAAAUCAUCAAGACAUUCACGGCAUGUUGAAGGUGAUAAUCAAGAAGAUACCCAGCAUUACAAUAGAGGGUGAAGGUUCCCUGAAAAUGGAAGACAAACACAAAGAACAUGUUGACACAUUCUCCUGCAGAUUCUUUGGAGACUUUUCCCUGCAGAAAUCUCCUACAACCUUUCAGGAUGCAGUUGAAGUCUACCAAAGUCUCCCAAAAUUGUUGGGAGCCAACGGAGAAAACGUCGUACCAAUGAAGGUCUGGCUUUUGCCAUUGACAAUUAUAGAUUCUUCUGCUGCUAAACUUGUCCAUCAGAUAAGUGCAAGGUUAGUUCAAGAAUCACAGAGAGUCCUGGAGGACUUCAGUGAGCUGGAAAUAAGGUACAAUGAUGCACUGAGAACCACCAUUGCACAGCAGUUCCCACAGAUUGGCGACAAGAUUAAACAAGUUAAAGAAAUGUGCUUUGAGUUCAAGCUGGGCUUCCAACAAACCUUGGCAAACAAGCUUCCAUCAAUCCGAGGAGGAGGCGAAGAGGAGGAUGGGCUCGCAGAGAUCCUGAAGAAGAGACAUUCUUCUCCUUUCAACAGCAAAAACCUGAAUGAGUGGAUGGACUGUAAAGAGAGAGAAAUUGACACAUUGAUGUCUUUCACCAACAUGAUGAAAAACACCAAGAUCGUUCCAUCUCAAACAGACCUGUACACAGAAAGUUUCAGUGCAGACCAUGCUGUGUGUUUUGUCUUCAACUCAUUGGGACGUGAUGAACCGUACCUCUCAGCUUUAUCAAACUACUUAAAACAAACACCAGACAACCCUCAGGAUGCACAUACUCAAGAUGUAGAGAAGGAUCAAUGGUACGCCUCAAGAGAAGUAGCAGAAGUGAUGCAUAAGGCAAAGCUCUUCAGUGACUUUGCAGAGGCCAACAAGGAGAACAAGAAGAUUAAGUUCCUGACAGUGGGUUCAACAAAUGAGACACAGAAAGGUUCAAGCAUCUACCUUUAUAAAGAAGGCUUUUCUGUCAAUGAGAACUUUGAGCCGCCUUCAAAGCCUGAAACAGUGACAAUAAGUGAUAUUAACCUCAACAGUGUGACUCUGAAGGUUUCUCCACCCAGAUUUGGAGCAGAGGACAUCACCUCCUACUCUGUUGAGUACUGUGUCAGUGGAGAGGAUGAAUGGAAACAGAAGAAAGCAUCAAAAGCUGAAGAAGUCACAGUGAGCAAUCUGAGUCCUAACACAGAGUAUAUGUUCAGAUGCAGAGCAGUGACCUCAGUAGGUGUUGGGCCAGCCAAAUUUAGUGGUUCCACUAAAACGUUACCUUGCAGCCCUCCUGGAAAACCUCGAGUUGAAGCAAACUCAAGAGAGAUAUCAGUUAGCUGGGAGAAACCUGCUGAGCUUGGACAAGAUGUCCACAUUUUGAGCUACAUCGUGGAGUACGCCAAAACAGACAACGGGAUGAAAGAGGAAGAACUCCAAUGGAACGAAAUGAUGGCAGGAGCUGAAAAGGCGAUCAUAUCAGAGCUUCAGUCAGACACAGAAUAUGUUGUCAGGGUCAAAUGUGAUUGUGGUGAAGCUGGCAGAAGCAAAGAAAGCAUCACUGUUAACGUCCGCACAACAAAGCUAACAGAAUCCCUCAGAAGUACAAGCAAAAGGAUGAAUUCUGAAUCACCAUCAGUUUACAAACUGACUCUGACAGAAGAAGAUAUGAACAUCAGUGGAUGCCGAAGAUUCAGUUUUGGCAACGAAAGCACAAGGCAGAAUCACACUAUAAUGCUUUUCGGGGUGACCAGAUCAGGAAAGUCCACUCUGAUCAAUGCAAUGAUCAACUACAUAGUUGGUGUAAAGUGGAAGGACAACUUCAGAUUCAAAUUACUUGAUGAGGAUCAGUUCAGAUCACAAGCUGAAAGUCAGACCUCUGAAGUCACUGUGUACAAAAUCAACCACCAGGAUGGUUUUAAAAUCAACUACUCACUGACCAUUGUUGACACUCCAGGCUUUGGAGAUACAGGAGACAUAGAAAGAGACGAGGAGAUCAUUGAACAUCUGCGCAAUCUCUUCUCUGCUGAGUGUUUCAGUGAAAUUGAUGCUGUGUGUUUCGUAGCUCAAGCUACUUUAACACAACUCACACCAUCACAGAAAUGUUUGUUUGAUUAUCUGCUCUCAAUCUUUGGCAAAGAUGUGGCAGAAAAUAUCCGGGUUCUGGUGACAUCUGCAGACGGCCAGCAACCACCAGUUCUAAAGGCAAUCACUGCUUCAGGUGUCCCAUGUCCUAAAACAAAAGACGGGCUACCAGUUCACUUCAAAUUUAAUAAUUCAAUGUUGUUUGCAGACAACAAAUCAUCUGCAGCAGACAGCAUGAGUGAGCAUGAUGAUGAUGAUGGAGGAUUUGAUCAGAUGUUUUGGAACAUGGGAACAAAAGGCAUGCAGAGGUUCUUUGUUGCUUUAAAUGUCAUAGACACCAAAAGCUUGACAAUGACGAAAGACAUCCUCAGAGAAAGAAAGCAGCUUGAGAAGUCACAUGAAGAUUUGCAGAAGCAGGUUAAAAGUGGGCUAGCCAAGCUUGAGGAGAUCAGAGGGACAAUUGGAAUACUUAGAAAACAUAAGGCAGAGAGCAGCAGAAAUGAAAACUUUGUGUUUGAAUUCACUGUAAGGAAGCCUGUUAAAGUAUUUAUUUCUGGAUCUUACAAGUACAGGUGGGAGUAUUGGGAGGUAAAGGAAAAAAUAACAAUAAUAGAGCUGAAAAAGAAGUACCAAAAAGCCACAAAGACACCUGUUAAGGUAUUGAUUGACGAACUGGACAACAAAGAGGUGGCCAUCAAGUCUGUGGUCUCUGCAGAUCACCAGCCCCUCACACUCUCCACCACCGACGUGUGUGUGGCACUGAGCAGGAUUAAUGCAUGCAAGGCUGCUGGUCCUGAUGGUAUCCCCAGACGCGUACUCUGGGCCUGUGCUGUGCAGCUGACUGAGGUUUGGACUGACAUAUUUAAUCUGUCACUAGCCCAGGCAGCUGUCCCCGCGUGCUUUAAAACCACCUCCAUCGUGCCAGUGCCAAAACACUCCACUGCAACAAGUCUUAAUGACUUCCGUCCAGUUGCACUCACCCCCAUCAUAAUGAAGUGCUUCAAGAGGCUGGUCCUGGCCCAUCUCAAGACCUGCUUAGCUGUUAGCUGGGAGAAACCUGCUGGGCUUGGACAAGAUGUCCACAUUUUGAGCUACAUCGUGGAGUACGCCAAAACAGACAACGGGAUGAAAGAGGAAGAUCUCCAAUGGAACGAAAUGAUGGCAGGAGCUGAAAAGGCGAUCAUAUCAGAGCUUCAGUCAGAGACAGAAUAUGUUGUCAGGGGAUGUGUGCUGAGCCCUCUCCUUUACUUCCCUUUCACCUACGAUUGCACACCUGUUCAUGGCUCCAACACCAUUGUCAAGUUUGCAGACGACACUACGGUGAUUGGUCUCAUCAGCAACAACGAUGAGACGGCCUACAGGGAGGAGGUCCAGCACCUAUCCUUGUGGUGCACUUACAACAACCUGGCUCUCAACACCAAGAAGACCAAAGAGCUCAUUGUGGACUUCAAGAAGUCUAAAGCUGGCACACACACCCCAAUUCUCAUCAACGGGACUGAGGUGGAGCGUGUCACCAGCUUCAGGUUUCUGGGUGUCCACAUCUCUGAGGACCUCUCUUGGACCCUCAACACCUCUACCCUGAUCAAGAAGGCUCACCAGUGUCUCUUCUUUCUGAGGAGACUCAAGAAGGUCCACCUGUCUCCUCAGAUCCUGGUGAACUUCUACCGUUGCACCAUCGAGAGCAUCCUCACCAACUGUGUCACAGUUUGGUAUGGCAACUGCUCUGCCCUUGACCGGAAAGCACUGCAGAGGGUGGUGAAAACUGCCCAACGCAUCAACGGUUCCUCACUCCCCUCCAUCGAGACCAUCCAGGGCAAGCGAUGCUUGUGUAAGGCGCGUAGCAUCAUCAAAGACUGUUCUCACCCCAACCACAGCCUGUUCACCCCACUCCCAUCAAGGAGGCGUCUCAGGUCUCUCCACACCCGGACCAGCAGGUUCAGAGGAAGCUUCUUUCCUGCAGCUGUCACCCUACUGAACUCUUGCUCUGCAUCCCGGUGA